CGGGCCCCAAGUACCACGUGCGCAGCAGCGGGCGGUAAAACAGCGCGCGCCGGGUUCAGAGCGGCAGCCGCUGGCUGCGCUGAGCGGAGCCUGGGAACAAGUCGCGUUAGCAGCGCGGUGCAGCAGCAGCAGCAGCGCAAUUUCUUCCGCAGACUUAGACAAAGAGCACGAAUGGCAGAGAGACCUAUGUGGGAGCAAGUUGGAACAAGUUUUGUGCAUCUCUAUUACCAGCGUUUUGAUUCUAGUAGAGUAGAGCUAAGUGCUCUCUAUACAGAUGCUUCUUGCUUGUCCUGGGAAGGACAGCAGUUCCAAGGAAAAACAGCCAUCAUGGAAAAGUUGAUGAGCCUUCCAUUCCAAAAAAUCCAACACAGCAUAACAUCUCAAGAUCACCAACCAGCACCUGAUAACUGUAUACUUAGUAUGGUGGUUGGUCAGCUGAAGGUAGAUAAUGACCCAGUGAUGGGGUUCCACCAGCUGUUUGUUCUCAAGAAUAUUAGUGACAAUUGGGUUUGCACCAAUGACAUAUUUAGACUGGCCCUGUACAACUUUGCUUGAAUUUUCUGUUCUCAAAUGUCUGUUUCUAUUGCCACUUUCA